GCUGCCAGAAUGAUGAAGGAAUGCCUCCAGUUUUUAAUUGAACCGGCCAAAAAGCUCAAGAACCGACUGAAGGAGUCCCGCAAGAGAGUGAAGCUGGAAAAAAAAGAGCCGCUGCUGUUGGAAAGUCAAUUAUUUAUCAUGGAGCUGGCCAGAGAACUCGGCAAAAUUUGCCAGAGGUCCAAUAUUCUGCAGCAUAUAUGGGCCGGCGAGGACGUCUGGCCGGCCGCUUUGUGUCGGGAUUUCAUUGUCGAGUGGGCUGCUGUGCUGGAGAAAAAAGUACAGCCAAAAAUCAACCUGUCUGACGAUCAGUACCACAAGCCGGAGAAGUUGGAUUGGAGGGGUCACCUCCUUUGUAUCCUCGAAGCCGGGGGAGAGUGUGAAAUGGGGCCUCACAAGAGGAUCAUCAUGGAUUGGACGCGAGAAAUGAAAAACAGGCCUCAGGCCAGCAUCUGGCCGGGUGAGCCGGUGCUCAUGAUGCUGGACGACCUGGAGUUCCAGUGGAAGAGGGGACAUCUACCUAACUUGCUCCUCGCCGUGGAGCUUGUGAUACUGGCAGUGCUGAACUCGGACAGGCCUGUCAAGGAGGACGUGACCAAGGAAUGGCUGGUCAGAAAGCAGAGGAACCAGAACAUAGAUGCUGUCCACUACAUCCCCCAUGGUGUGUGGAACUGGAUCUGUGAGGCCUCUGAGGACGUGACGCUGGACCCGGAAUCGGCCAACCCGGAACUUUUAAUCUCCGUCGACGAAAAGAGCAUGCGAUGCGGCCCGGAGCGGCGCGACGUCCCGUGCGCCGACGGCCGCUUCGACGGCUGGUGGUGCGCCGCCGGUCGCCGGGGCUUCGUCUCGGGACGUCACUACUGGGAGGUGGAGGUGGGCCGGCGGGACUGGCGGCUGGGCGUAGCCAAGGCAUCCGCCGUGAGGCGCGGUUUCCGUUCUCUCAACACGGACUCGGGCUACCUGACCCUCCGCUUGGAGAGGGGCAAAGAUCUGAAAGCUUUGACCGUGCCCGUCACUUUGCUUCCUCAGAGCCUGGCGCCCACAAAAGUGGGCAUAUACCUGGACUACGAGCAGGGCCAGUUGUCGUUCUACGACGUCGACAAGCGCUCCCAUGUUUACACAUUUAACGACAAGUUCACGGAGGAGCUGGUCCCCGUAUUUGGGACGGUGGAGGUACUGAAGGAUCUGGCCAUCAGGCCAGCAGGGAUUAAACAACGCUGCCUCUGUCCCGGGCCGUGCCUUUGGAACUGA